AGAGAGAAGCUUCGAGUUGCCGAAAACAAACAAGCCGUGAAUCUUUUAAGCCCAACCAGACGAGUGUAGAAGAAAAGGGCUUCUGCUUCGUUCAAAUUUCCUUUUGUUUUCACCGUCGACAACCAACUUCCUUUCUAGCUCCAGCAAAACCAGCAACCUCAACGGGAAUGAUGUAGUACAUAGCCAGUUAUGUGAAGUUACUGCAUGUUCCCAUCUCUGCUUAGAGCAUAUUCCCCCAUGAAAAUGCGCUGCUGCUUUCAAAGGAGUAUCUGUUCUGCUUCAUCCUCUCUGGUUCCUGUGCAGCUUCCUUCUCCAAUGGAAACUCAUUUUUGGUAUGUUUUGCCGGAUCAAGUCAAGAGUGUAUCGCUUUUAAAUCAAUACAUGGGACUUCUAUCUCCAAUUGAGAAAGAAAAUGUUCUAUCCAUGCCUGGACACCAGCUUCAGAAAAGGGCACUCCUAGCUCGUGCCUUGGUUCGCACCACCAUUGCCAGAUAUCAGAUAAAUGGCCAUGUUGAUCCAAGAUCUUUGAAAUUCAAGAAAAAUAUACAUGGGAAGCCUGAGGUGGUGUGGCAAAGUGAAGAUGGCUGGUGCCAACCACAUUUACAUUUCAACAUUUCACACAGUUCUUCUAUGAUAGCUUGUGGAGUAACUUCAAAUUCACGAAUUGGUAUCGAUGUGGAAGAGAAGCAACGGAAGAUAAAAAACAAUGUCUUAGCUUUUGCACGGCGUUACUUCUCUCUCCAUGAAAUGGAAUAUUUAAGCAGUAUUUCGGACUCUGAAGUGCAGCACCAGGAGUUCAUAAAAUUAUGGACUCUCAAGGAGGCAUAUGUUAAAGCUUUGGGAAAAGGCUUCUCUGCUGCACCUUUCAAGACCUUUACCGUUCAAGUAAAGACUGACUCUAAGAGAAGCUUUGUUCUUGCUGAGGAUUUAGUUUUCGAGGCAUCUGAGAUAAUGGUAGAGUCUUUAAAUGAUCCCAAGAGCCUCACAAGCAGUUGGCAGUUUGCCCUAUUAGAAUUGGCCGGUUCUCAUUAUGCUGCUAUUUGCAUGGAAAAAGAUAAAUCCAUCAAAGUUGGGAUGAAAGUUCCAGUAAGAUUAACCGCAUGGAAAACCAUUCCAUUUGUUGAAGAUGAGUGCGUUUCUGGAACAGAUGCGGUCAUGCCCAUUGGAGGCUUAAUCAAACUCUGAUCAUAUGAUUGCCCUUUUUCAUCUUUAUUUGUGGUAUGUGGAAUUGUGUUUCUAUACUGUGGCACAGUAUACAAUUUCAAAGAAAAUUUUCCUUUCUUUUUUCAA